ACCCUAAUAACAGCAGCAGAGGCAGAGCCCCGCACAUGUGGUCCUUCUCAUAAGCUCAGCGAGUGUGAUCAGAGCGAGUCGGAGUCCGAAGACAGAAGAGUUGAGUGAACAGCGCUGGUUCAACCCGUCACAUCUUAAACAUGAGGCCAGGGUUCAGUCCUCGUGGUGGUGAUCGAGGAGGUAGAGGAGGACGUGGAGGCAGAGGUGGAUUCGGCGACCGUGGAGGAUUCGGUGACCGAGGAGGACGAGGGGGAUUCAGAGGAGGUAGAGGAAGCUUCAGGUCCCCGGAAGGUGGUGGAUUUCGGGGGAGAGGCGGUGGAAGAGGUGCCCCAAGAGGAGGGAGAGGUGGCCGAGGGGGCUUUGGAGCAGGGAGGAAGGCCUUGGUUGAGCCACACAGACAUGAAGGUGUGUUUAUCAGCAGAGGGAAGGAAGAUGCUCUGGUGACCAGGAACAUGGUUGUGGGAGAGUCUGUGUACGGAGAGAAGAGGAUCAGUGUUGAGGAAGGAGAGACGAAGAUCGAGUACAGAGCCUGGAAUCCAUUCCGCUCCAAGCUGGCAGCAGCCAUCUUAGGAGGAGUCGACCAGAUCCAUAUCAAGCCUGGAUCAAAGGUCAUGUACCUGGGAGCAGCCUCUGGCACCACAGUGUCCCACGUUUCUGACAUUGUUGGACCGGAAGGACUAGUCUACGCUGUGGAGUUUUCCCACCGAUCAGGUCGUGACCUGCUCAAUGUUGCAAAGAAACGCACCAACAUCAUUCCGAUCAUCGAAGAUGCUCGGCACCCACACAAAUACCGCAUGUUAGUUGGCAUGGUAGAUGUGAUUUUCGCUGAUGUUGCCCAGCCGGACCAGACAAGGAUUGUAGCUUUGAAUGCUCACAACUUCCUCAAGAACGGAGGACACUUCGUUAUCUCCAUCAAGGCCAACUGUAUAGACUCGACAGCAGCUCCAGAGGCAGUGUUUGCCUCAGAGGUGAAGAAGAUGAGCUCUGAGAACAUGAAACCACAGGAGCAGCUCACACUGGAGCCCUAUGAGAGAGACCAUGCUGUGGUGGUGGGCAUCUACAGACCUCCAUCUAAACAGAAGAAAUGAAGUGGAAAUGGAUUCCCGUUUUCAACGUCCACCUACUUUAGUAUUGUCUGUCUGUCGCCACCUCUCCACCUGUAGAUUUCUGAAGUUGAAAGCAUGACUAGCACUCCGGGUAAAAUUGAUCUGGAUUUUUUUUUUUAAAUCUGCCGACAGGUUAAUGACCAUCCGAUCCACGGCUGGAGAUGCAUUGCAUUCAAUUUUGUUACAGUUAGGCCUCUGAGUUAUUUGCCAGAUUGGAGCAGGUCAUAUUUGUAAUACAUGUCUGGAAAUGCAUAAAUGCUCACCUGUACAUUUGAUAUGCACAUGUGCUCAGGUCUGUGUUCAGGAAGAUUACAAAGUAAAUGAAAGCAGUCAAGUAUUCUAUAUUCACAGCCUUCACCAGCUGCUGCAAUGGGAAAUAUUUCAACUAAUCCAGUAAACAUCAAUCUGAAAUGCUUUGUCAAGACUUGUACUGUAUGUAUAUACACAAGUUUUCAUAACUACUUUUUUGUGGUUAGUGUUUUUAUUUCAAUACCUCUUUGCUUUUCUGUGCUCCUGGUCCUUUUCUUACUGUAUUGUCUUUUCUUUCAAUGUUUUACAGUUCCUUGCUCUGCUAAUGUAGAGAACAUUGCUGGAUGUACCAUGUAUUCAAACAUCACAUACCCCAGAUAGCAGUGUUGUCAUUGUAUAAGGCAUCUGUUCAAACAUCUUUAUUGCAAAAUAUACUUCUUAAUUUGUCGUGUUCCCACGGUGUGGAGAGUUUCAGGUCGGGACAAUUUGUAGGCAAAGAACCAUUAAUGCUGAUGUGUUUGGUGGUGAGGUGGUAAACUGACCCUGUGUGCCUGUGUACAAAUAUAGAAAGUGAUCUAGUCACCCUGGCUUGUAAUUUGAAACUUGUAUAACUUUUGUGUUUGCAGAGAAGAAGCAGAAUGUUGUAGAUAUUUUAUAACAAAUCAUGCUUGAAACUUUAUUUGUCAUAACCAACAAUUUUGUUUAAAUAAAAUGUUUUUUUUU